AGGAGCACGGCAGACCACAAAGGAGCACGGUCCGUAGCCAUUUUGGCUCAAGCCUGGCUCGGCGCUCGGCGGCGGGCGCUUGGGCAUGAUGGCGCGGGCGGGGACGCUGGACAGUGUUCCAGGUGCUGCACGCGCUUGCCUCGGCGAGCCGCGGCGGACGCGCGCGGAGCGUUCUGCGGCUCGGAGGCGGGCGCUCGAGGCAGCGGACAACGGAGUGAAGGCGGCACUCGCGGAGGCAGCGGCCCUGCGCAUCGAGCUGGAGGCCGUUCGGCGGUGCUUCGCGUCCUACGUGGGCGACGCCGAGCUUGCCGACCGCCUGGAGGCGAUCGUGCCUGCGCUCACGGCCUUGCUGCGGGGAGUGGCCCCCGAGCAGGAGGUUGCUGUGCGGAGGAAUGUGGCUCUCCACGCCGACGCCCCUGGGGUCAGGGUUGCUUCGGCGUGUGGCCUCACCCUGCGGCGGCUCCAGCGGUCCGCCAGGCUGGAGGCGAGGCGAGAGCGCAAGUUCGAGUGCCACGUGGAGGUUUGCGAGGCUGAGGCGCUGCCGCAGCUCGGCCGAGUUGUGGCCCUGCGCACGGCGUUGCGGUCGGCUGCGAGGCCCUUCGCCCCAGCUGGGGUUGACCCCGUUGCCGGCGGCGGCGGUACCCAGGUGAUGCAGGCCCAGGUCAACGUCGAUGAGUGCGACGAGGCGCGGCAGCAGCUUAACAUGGAGUUCGAUCUGGCUGGGCGCGCCCGCGUUGGGCGUGGCGCCCGCAUCGGCGAUUGCUACGUGCCUUCCCCUCUCUUCCCUGGGGUGUCGGAGGUUGUCUGCGUGGUGGACUUCGUGCAGGCCGCGGGCGCUAUGGCGGCGCCGCCGCGCGCUGUUGGCGAGUGCUCCGACUCCGACAGCGUGAUCCUCGACGGCGAGGCCGACGUGGCCACCGCUUGCUCGGUUGGGGAGCAGCCAGCCGCCGAACCUGCUGAACAUGUUGCUGCCGCCGCCGCCGCGUACCUCGACGCCUUCCCGCAGGCCCUCUUCCGUGGGGGCGGCGGCGCCAGGGCUCGUGGCGAGGUCGCGGCUCGUGAUUGGUGGCGUGCGAGGGCGGCCGUUGCCCGCGCUUGGCUCCCUGCGGAUGCCGCGACGGUGCAGGCGCCCUCGGAUGAAGGAGCGAGCGUUGGAGGUACUGCAGGCGGGGCGCCGCUGCCUCCAGGCUUGGAUUGGAGGAGUGGUUGGAGCAGCGUGGUUAGUGCUCCUGGUGAGGCGGCAUCUCCCUGCGUGUUCGGAAUGCCUUCUGAGUGAUGGUUCGCCUUGCACGUCUGUUCCCCAUUGGGUGAGGGGGGCUGUGGUUGUUCAGUGGGUUAUGUCUCCUGCAUUUGUUUGUGCACGUGGUGUAUUUGCAAUGCAGUGGGGCCCCCUCGAUGAUUGAGGCAGCAGUUGCUUUCCGUUUCUGCUGCUUGCCUUGCGUGCGGACGCUAAUUCCGUUUGCUCCGUGCAUUCGCAUUUCUUGUAUUUGAAUGUGUACGUGAGCUCUUCUGUGCAGCUUCGCUGCUUCUGUUGCCUCUCGGCACUGCCCGCCCUCGUGGCCCUGGGGCCUAGGCGCCCCCGUUGGCCCUGGCAGGCGACUGGCGCUCCGCGCCCCCCUGCGGGGGCCCCUUUCGGGCCCCCAGGGCUGGCCCUUGAGGCCCUGGGGCCAAUGGGCUCCGUGGGCCUCGGGCUUCUUUUAGCCUUCAUAGGCCCCGCACGACACGACACGACACAAAGGAGCAAGGCAGACCCCAAAGGAGCACGGCAGUCCACACGUUCGCAC